ACCAAUGCGGGCGCCGGCUUCACUCUCCGCAUACGCACCUAGUUGAUUUGCAUAGAGCAGCAGCCGGAGCCCCGACACUGUGCAACCCUAGAAGGGAAAAGGAGGCUGCGGAGCUGGACUGGUGUGUCUGGCUCCUGGCAAGCAGGGGAGUGGAGCAGAGGCAGACAGGAGCUAGAAUGGCUGCACGGUUCACUUCCUAGGCAUUGCAACACGGCACAGCAGCAGCAACAACAGGGAGAGCGCCACGGCAGAGGCAAAGCCCAGCGCACGUUACCUGCUAGCUUGAGAUGAGCCCCGCAGAGGGAAGGAAGCUGCUGCCUUUCAAUGGAGCGGGAGGGAGGAGGGAGAGACGCUGAAGUGCUGGCUCCUGGUGCACGGUGUUGAGGGGGGGAGAGGGCGAGACACUCCGCUUGCGCUGGGCACGGAGGUGGGGAGGGAGCUGCGGUAACAAGGACUCAGCUCGGCUCUGCGCGGGGCCAGGGCAGCCGGAGAGGCGUCUUGCAGCGGGCGCGGGGGAGGAAUCGUUCUGCAAAGGGACCGAGCCGAAGCGUCCAGCCCGGGCAGCCUCGCCGCUCCCAGGAGCUAGACUCCCGCACGCACCGGAGGGGGCUCGCAAUGCGGUGCCUGGCUCUGCUCGGCUUCUUCGCCUGGGGCUUCGGGAGCUCGGCUGGGCCCAGCGGCGGAGCUUCCCCUCCUCCUUGCCCGGCUUCCUGCAGCUGCGAUGGGGACGGAGGAGUCGAUUGCUCCGGCAGGGGGUUGACCACCGUGCCUGAGGGUCUCAGCGCCUUCACCCACGCCCUGGAUAUCAGUAUGAACAACAUCACAAAGCUACCAGAGGAUGCUUUUAAGAACUUUCCUUAUCUUGAAGAGCUGCGACUGGCUGGCAAUGACCUUUCUUUUAUCCAUACGAAGGCCUUGUCUGGGUUGAAAGAACUCAAAGUGCUAACCCUACAGAACAAUCAGCUGAAGACUGUACCUAAUGAGGCCAUUAGAGGACUAAGUGGUUUACAAUCCUUGCGUUUAGAUGCUAACCAUAUUACUGCAGUCCCAGAAGACAGUUUUGAGGGUCUUGUCCAGCUACGUCACCUGUGGCUGGAUGACAACAGCUUGACAGAAGUCCCCAUUCAUCCACUCAGCAAUCUUCCUUCUUUGCAGGCCUUAACUCUGGCUCUCAACAAAAUAACACACAUUCCUGACUUUGCAUUUACAAACCUUUCAAGUCUCGUUGUUCUGCAUCUUCAUAACAAUAAAAUAAAAACAAUAGGAAAACAUUGUUUUGAUGGAUUAGACAACCUAGAAACUUUGGAUUUAAAUUAUAACAACAUGGUAGAAUUCCCUGAAGCCAUUAAAGCACUUCCAAGCCUAAAGGAGCUGGGAUUUCACAGUAAUUACAUUUCCAUAAUCCCCAAUGGUGCAUUUGAGGGAAAUCCCCUUCUAAGGACUAUACAUUUGUAUGAUAAUCCUCUCUCUUUUGUGGGUAACUCGGCAUUUCAGAAUUUAUCAGAUCUGCACUCCUUGGUCAUUCGGGGUGCCAGCAUGGUUCAGUGGUUUCCUAAUUUGACAGGAACCAGUAAUCUGGAGAGCCUGACUCUUACAGGCACCAAGAUAAGCAGUGUUCCCAUUAACCUAUGCCAAGAACAAAAGAUGCUUCGGACUUUGGACUUGUCUUAUAAUAACAUAAAAGAGCUUUCGAGUUUUAAGGGCUGCAGUUCCUUAGAAGAAAUUUCCUUACAACAUAAUCAAAUCCAGGAAAUCAAAGAAGACACCUUUCAGGGACUAACUUCCCUACGCAUCCUUGAUCUCAGUCGAAACUUGAUCCAGCAGGUUCACAAGAAGGCAUUUACUACACUUGGUGCUAUAACUAAUCUAGACUUAAGUUUCAAUGAGCUGACUUCAUUUCCAACUGAAGGACUGAAUGGACUAAACCAGCUUAAACUUGCAGGCAACUCUGAGCUGAAAGAAGCAUUGGCAGCAAAGGACUUUGUGAAGCUCCGGUCUCUGUCUGUUCCAUAUGCCUACCAGUGCUGUGCAUUUUGGGGUUGUGACUCUUAUUUGAACUCUAACAUGGAAGAUUCCAGCCACCACGAUCAGAAUGUGUUGAUAGAUCAUGAUAGAGCUACAGCAGAUGCAGAUGUUCCAAACGCUGAUGAGAAUGAAGAACUGGGUCAGACAAUUAUUCAUUGUACACCCACGACAGGUGCUUUUAAGCCCUGUGAAUAUUUACUGGGAAGCUGGAUGAUUCGACUUACUGUCUGGUUUAUUUUUCUGGUUGCCUUGUUCUUCAACCUGCUUGUCAUGUUAACGAUAUUUGCAUCUUGUACUCCAUUAUCUUCCUCCAAACUGUUUAUAGGCCUGAUUUCUGUCUCUAAUUUAUUUAUGGGAAUCUAUACUGGUAUAUUAACUUUCCUGGAUGCAGUCUCUUGGGGAAGAUUUGCUGAAUUUGGCAUAUGGUGGGAGACUGGCAGUGGUUGUAAAGUUGCUGGGUUUCUUGCAGUCUUUUCAUCAGAAAGUGCCAUUUUUUUCCUGAUGUUGGCAGCUGUUGAACGAAGCUUCUCCGCAAAACAGAUAAUUAAAAAUGGGAAAAGCAAUCAUCUAAAACAAUUCCAAAUUGCUGCAAUUUUUGCUUUCCUGUGUGCUAUGGUAGCUGGAUGCUUACCACUUUUCCAUAAAGGGGAGUAUUCAGCCUCACCACUUUGCUUGCCCUUCCCCACGGGAGAAACACCUUCACUAGGGUUUACAGUAACUUUAGUGCUCCUAAACUCAUUAGCAUUUUUGCUAAUGGCUAUUAUCUAUACUAAACUUUACUGCAACUUGGAAAAAGAGGACCUCUCAGAAAACACACAAUCCAGCAUGAUUAAGCAUGUCGCUUGGCUAAUCUUCACCAAUUGCAUCUUUUUCUGUCCUGUUGCAUUUUUCUCAUUUGCACCACUGAUCACUGCAAUCUCUAUCAGCCCUGAAAUAAUGAAGUCUGUUACUCUAAUAUUUUUCCCAUUACCUGCUUGUCUGAAUCCAGUCCUAUACGUUUUUUUCAACCCAAUGUUCAAGGAAGACUGGAAAUUACUUAGACGGCAUAUCACCAAAAAAAAUGGAGCAGUGGCAAUUGCUGUCAAUACUCAAGGUGGCUGUGUGACACAGGAUUUCUACUAUGACUGUGGCAUGUAUUCACAUUUGCAGGGUAACCUUACCAUGUGUGAAUGUUGUGAAUCACUUCUUUUAUCCAAACCUGUACCAUGCAAACACUUAAUAAAAUCACACAGUUGUCCUACACUGGCAGUGGUGCCUUGCCAACGGCCAGAUGGGUAUUGGUCAGACUGUGGCACACAGUCUGCUCAUUCUGAUUAUGCAGAUGAGGAUGACUCUUUUGUGUCGGACAGUUCAGACCAAGUGCAGGCCUGUGGUCGCGCAUGUUUCUAUCAAAGCAGAGGAUUCCCUUUGGUUCGUUAUGCCUACAAUAUACCAAGAAUUAAAGACUGAAAGGCUUUGCUGUAAGCUGUUCUCAUAAGGAAGAAGUACAAUGUUUCGUAGACCAUACCUGUUCUGACCUUUCAACCAGGAAGCACUUUUGUACUCAUUGUGUGGUGUCACUUGUAAAGAAGGGAAGUGGACAGUAAGUUUCUUGAGCCAUACAUUUGAGGGAGGGAAAAGUUGCCAACUGUAAAUAAUGGGUAAACCAAAACUUGUAACCCAAUAUUUUUAUUCUUUCCAAGCAAUACUGGUUUCUUUUAUACAGUUUUUAUGUGCUAAAGGUCUGUUUCCAUGUUGAACUCCAAUUGUAUUUUGCUUCUACUGUUGUGUGAGGCAAGUUCUGUCAAGCUUUCUGGUUAAGCACAAUAUAAGGGACAGCUGUUAAUAUUAAGAAAUUAUUUUUAAAUGUGAUUUUCUAUAAUUAAGAAAAAAUUGUUGCUAGCUUUGUAUAGUAUUUUCAGCAUUAAUCUCAGGAUGACUUACUGCAGGGCCAAAAGAAGGGACUACGUCUCCCAUACAGAACUGUGAGAGCAAUAUAGGUAUAACAUUUUUGUUUUUUAUAUUUCAAACUAAGAUUUGAUCUUAAUAAGAUAACUAUUUUUUAUUUAAAAAAAUCUUUUAUCCCUCGAGAUCUGCAGACUGUAUGAAAUAAGAAUAUUAACAGUUGUCGGGAGCGGUAGAACUGAAUAUGGUUUUCAGUGGAGACACACUGCUUCAGGUGAAAACCAUAGUACCAUUCUUCAGUAUUAUGUAAGGUCAUACUACCAGAAGGAAUUACCAUGGGCUAGACAGUGUAUAUCGUCAGUGCUGUCUGUGUGUGAGGUUAGCAUGCUUAUUUAGAAAGAGACAGAGAGAAGCUAAAAUAUUUUGCAGCCCUAUUCACUGUUAGUAAUAGUGCUUAUACACACAAUGUCUCUGAGCAUCUUGAGACUUUACCAAAAGGGGUGGCAAUGAAAAGCGGUUUUGCAAUAUAGAAACUUCUGCAUCUCUGCCAAUUAUUUCUCUCCAAGUAAAGUACAAUGUGGUGAGAUGGACUAAUUUUCAUGUAAAUUGGUGAAUUAAUUUAAAAAUUUUUCUUAAGCAUCUAAGACCCAAGUAUCACUUAAUUACCAUCAAUUAUCCUUUAAUCUGUACUUAGUUUGAAGUUUGAUCAACAUAAAGUUAUGAAUGCAUGAUCAAAGUACACCUCUACCCCGAUAUAACACGAAUUCGGAUAUAAUGCGGUAAAGCAGUGCUCCAAGGGGGCAGGGCUGCGCACUCUGGCAGAUCAAAGCAAGUUCGAUAUAACGCGGUUUCACCUAUAACGCAGUAAGAUUUUUUUGGCUCCCGAGGACGGCAUUAUAUCAGGGUAGAGGUGUAAUUAUAUAAGUUUCUUGAACAAUAUGCUGAAUCAAUAGCAAAUCCACUGCCAUACCAGUUACUCUGGAAAUGUUCUUGUUAAGAUUUAAGCUAGAUUGCUAUUUUGAGAAUUAAACUGUACAUACUGUGCAUAUAAUGAAUUUUUAUCUUUGUAUUGUAAAUUAUUUGAUAGAACACAUGAUGGGAAAUAUGGCUUCAGUUCAUUUUGUUAAUUAAAGCUACCUCCUAAACUAUAGUGGCUGCCAGUAAUUGUGGUUUAUAUACUUUUUGCAUUGUAAAUAGACAUGGUUGUACAUUGUCACUGUAAUAAAACAGAAUCCUUGUAUAUCAAA